AUGGAGUAUCGAAAGAAUUCAAGUGAUGUGGUGGACCAGCCGCUAGUCUCUGCAACUGACGUAAAAUCGUCGUCGGAUAAGAUCAACGUGAGACCUAAUCUGACAAAGGUCUUGAGUGAAGUUGGCAAGGCUGGCAAGCAUGCACAUACCUUUUACUAUGAAUUCAAGCGCUAUGUCAUCACAUCGCGAGUCGUUGAUACGGGCAUCGCAUACGUGAUGGGCAGGAGUUUGCAAUACAUGGUCAGAAGUUUCGUGAAUGACAUCCUUAUACCACCGCUACUAUGUGCCUUGCCUGGUGCCCAGACGUUGAAUGACCGCUUCGUUGUUAUACGGCCAGGAAAGUCUGGUGCCAAAACAUACAGCAACUUGCAAAAUGCGAUAAAGGAUGGAGCAAUCACGAUAAACUAUGGUCGAUUUGCUCAAGAGACAAUAUCCUUCUUCACUGUGGCAGUUGCCCUCUUCCAACUGCUACACGUACUAUCAGCAUUCUUUAAAUGGAACUUGUCGUUUGAUGACAGGGAUUGUCCCUAUUGUUUGAGUGUCAUUCCAAAUAGAGCCACACGAUGCCGACAUUGUACUGCUGAUUUGACUCUAUCGUCACCUGAAACUCGUAAAUCGAUUACUCACUAG